AUGCAGACAGUUCCCAAUUCUACAUUUCCUCGUCCCACCACAACUCCUCAGCUUGGAUUAUUUGUAUAUCUGAUUGCACUGUGCGCAGUUAUCGGUGGUUUUUUAUUCGGAUAUGAUACCGGAAUUGUUUCAUCUGCAAUGCUUUACGUACCUAAACAUGAAAAAAUGAAGCCAAUGGGUAAAGUGUGGCAGGAAGUGAUCGUGAGUAUUACUCCGGGAUUUGCCGCACUCGGAUCACUGCUUGCUGGACAGUCGGCUGACUACUUUGGAAGAAAGAAAGUUGUGAUUGUGUCUUCAUUCAUUUUCACUAUCGGCGGAGUUAUCUGUGGUGUUGCGAUUCAGAAAGAAAUGCUUUUAAUCGGCCGAAUUCUUCUCGGAAUAGCCAUUGGAAUAUCAUCAAUGGUUGUUCCAAUGUACAUCAGCGAAACUUCGCCGUCUCAUAUUCGAGGGCAACUUAUUACUGGAUUCCAGCUGAUGAUCACAUUUGGUCUACUUGCUGCAAAUGUGUUUGCCGGAGGAUUCAGUUAUAUUGAUCCUACAAAUGUGGGAUGGAGAUUGAUGAUGGGAUUUGCGGCAAUUCCAGCAGCAAUUCAAUUUGUUUUGUUUUUCUGUCUUCCAGAAAGUCCAAGAUGGUUAUAUCAAAAUAAGCAGCAUGAGGAAGCGAAACAAGUUUUGAACAAAGUUUAUUCACAUAAUAAUCGAUGGGUUGAAUACGAAAUGGGAGAAAUCAACGCAUUAUGCUUGGAAGAAGAAAACGCUGCUAAAAGUGAAACUGGUAGUUGGACAAUAUUCAGAAUUUUGAGAACUCCACAUGUCCGGAAAGCAUUGAUAAUUGGAUGUCUACUCCAAGCGUUCCAACAGUUAUCCGGAAUCAACACAUUAAUGUACUAUACUGGAAAAAUAAUUCAAUCGUCUGGUGUUGGAGAUGAGCAUAUAAUUAUUUGGAUAUCAGUUGCCAUUUCAGCUGUUAAUUUUUUCUGCACCUUCAUUCCCCUGUACUUGGUUGAUCGUAUCGGUCGUCGUGUUUUAUUAAUCAUUUCUGUUCUUGGAGUAGCGAUCACUCUUCUGCUGAUGGCUGCUUCGUUUUAUGCUAUCAAUGUCGAUUCGGCAAGCAGCCUUUCCCCAGCAUUUCCACUUGAAGGAAAUGAUAACAAUAAAUGUUUUGCCUAUCGUAACUGCGAUUACUGUGUAACAGAUGAAAAUUGCGGUUUUUGUCAACCAAUGGGAAACAACAAUGGAUACUGUCUCCCUAUAUCUCAAACUAAUGGUUUAUCGGAGAUGGGGCCAUGCACGAAUACCACACUUGAAACAUCAUCUACUGCGAAAUUUGACUGGAUGCCAGAUUUUUGCAACUCACGCUUCACAUUCCUUCCAAUUAUCUUAAUGGUUGUGUAUUUGUCAUUCUUCUCAUCUGGAUAUGCUCCCCUUCCUUGGGUUAUGAAUGCUGAGUUCUACCCGUUGUGGGCACGAAGCACAUGCGUCUCUAUCGCCACCGCAGUAAACUGGCUUUUCAAUCUUGCCAUUUCACUCACUUUCUUGUCUUUGACCGAAGCCGCCACAAAGCACGGUACAUUCUUGAUAUACGCAAUUAUCACUUUUAUUGCGCUAUGCUUUGUGGCUCUAAUGGUACCAGAAACGAGAAACUACGCAAUUGAAGAGGUUGAACUACUUUUCAUGACGAAAAAGAAGCGAAAGGAGCUCGAAGAGCACAUUCAAGUAAUAAUGAAUAAAAAACCUGCGAUUGAAGCAGAAAUGCAGUUUUAA